UGGUGAGGAUUAACCGUGCGGGAGAAGCGCCCUGCGAGGAGCACCAAGGAUCGGGACCGGACCUUUGCGCUUUGCGCGACGGGGACAGCAGGACAGCUUCACUGGGACGUUGCUUGGUUUUCUAUUCUAUUCUAUUCUAUUCUAUUCUAUUCUAUUCUAUUCUAUUCCUAACUGAAGAAAAGGCGCACGGAGUUAACAGAGGCUGGGGCAGGAUCAGACUCGGAGAGGGACAGAGAGGGAGUGAAGAUCCAAAAACGCGUCUCUGAACAGAUCUAUUUUAAUAAUGAAAGCAGGAUAGCCUCUCAUGGAUUUCUGAGUGUUUAAUAACCAACUAACUCUGCCUGGUCCAAUGGAAAUGAUAAUAACUGGAAUAAUCUGACUUGUUACCAUUUACUUGGAAUAAUUUCUGUCUUCUGGUUAAAAUCUUCCAAUUUCACCUGGACGAGGUUGUAUAAAUAAGAAGUGGGGGAAGAACAUUCGAGGAAAACAAGAAAUUUAAAUACAGAGAAAAUAUAUCAGGUGUGGUGAGUUUAGGUUCGGAGAAUCACUCCACUUUUUCUGCCGGAUGAUAUUUCUCUCGCCCCGGAGAUGAAGGGAUGAAGCCAGGAGAGAAAAAGACGGAGGAGAGCGAAAAAAAGAGAGGAGGCAGAAACGGAGAAGAAUGUAGUCGCUGGGCGCUGUGAGAAUGGAAAACGGACGCACCUCUCUGAAAGAAACGGUUUGAACUCUAUUCCAGAGCGGAAUUUACUCACACCUAAAAGGAUUUUACACGCAUUUACCUCGGCUCGACACGUAACAUAUGAGGAGGAUAUUCUUUCGUGUGGAACCUGUGUGUGUGGAGUUACACUUACAAUCAUUAUUGUCAGCAUAAGGAUGGGAUAUCGAGACAUGACUACGCGCUGAAACAGUGGGAAGGACACACAUUAGGGAAGAGUGAGGAAAAGCUGCCAGGAGGAUUUCUGACCUGGAUCCUGAUCCAUGAUGUUGCAUCUCCUUUGUAACAUGUCAAUCCUGAAACAGUGUGGAGUAUGUUCUUACAUCUUUGAAGUGACCGGUCUCACUUCAGGUUGAUAGAAGAACACUUCCAGAUUCCGCUCAUCGAAUUUCAUCAAGAUCUGAUGUGGAACUUCAAAAUUAAAGCCUGUGUUUGACCAGGUGAGGAUGCUAACCAUGGAGAGGCUGUUUCUCUGUGUGAUGCUGGCGAUUUCCAUGGCAGUGCGGGCACAGAUCUGUCCAAAGCGCUGCGUUUGCCAAAUCCUGUCACCGAACCUGGCGACUCUCUGUGCUAAGAAGGGUCUGCUGUUUGUGCCGCCGAACAUCGACAGACACACAGUGGAGCUGCGGCUGGCAGACAACUUUGUAACAAGUAUUAAAAGGAAAGACUUUUCAAACAUGACGCGGCUGGUGGACCUGACAUUAUCCAGAAAUACCAUCUCCUACAUCACACCCCAUGCCUUUGCAGAUUUGGAAAAUCUCCGUGCACUACACCUCAACAGUAACCGGCUGACGAGAAUAGGCAAUGACACAUUCAGUGGGAUGUCAAAGCUUCACCACCUGAUACUCAACAACAACCAGCUAGUGCUGAUCCAUCAGGGAGCGUUCAACGACCUGCUGGCGCUGGAGGAACUGGACCUUAGUUACAAUAACUUGGACUCUAUUCCGUGGGAAGCCAUUCAGAAAAUGACAAGCCUCCACACACUGAGCUUAGACCAUAACAUGCUGGAUUACAUUCCAGAGGGAACCUUUUCCCUUCUGCAGAAACUCAACCGCCUGGAUGUCACCUCCAAUAAACUUCAAAAGCUCCCACCAGACCCACUUUUUCAGCGGGCGCAGGUCCUAGCUACAUCUGGGGAAAUGACUCCGUCAUCCUUUGCGCUGUCGUUUGGUGGAAAUCCUCUCCACUGUAACUGUGAGUUACUCUGGCUGAGGAGGCUGAAGAGAGAGGACGACCUGGAGACAUGUGCCACACCUGAGCACCUGUCUGGACGAUACUUCUGGUCCAUCUCUGAGGAGGAGUUUCUCUGUGAGCCUCCCCUGAUCACCAGAUUCUCCCACGAGAUGAGGGUCCUUGAAGGACAAAGAGUUGCACUCAGGUGUAAGGCAAGAGGUGAUCCAGAGCCAGCCAUUCAUUGGAUGUCUCCUGAAGGUAAAUUGAUGUCUAACUCCUCCAGAACCUUGGUGUACAGCAAUGGGACUCUGGACAUCCUCAUCAGCACUGUGAAAGACAUGGGCACCUUCACCUGCAUCUCGUCCAACCCUGCCGGUGAAGCCCACCAAACUGUGGACCUGCUUAUAAUAAAACUGCCUCACAUCUCCAACAACACAAACAACAUCCAAGAACCAGAUCCGGGUUCAUCAGACAUUUCCACGUCAACUCGAGGUGGCGCAAAUGGCAGCAAUGUGACGGGUGACGUGAAGGGCGGGGUUGAUAAGAGGGUGGUGACAGCUGAGGCCACAUCGUCGACCGCCCUGAUCAAGUUCAACUUCCAGAGGAAUAUACCCGGCAUCAGGAUGUUCCAGAUACAGUACAACGGAAGCCAGGAUGACUCAUUGGUUUACAGAAUGAUUCCUCCGUCAAGCAAGAACUUUUUGGUCAAUAACCUGGCAGCGGGGACUCCGUAUGACCUUUGUGUACUGGCAAUCUAUGAUGAUGUCAUUACGUCCCUGACAGCAACACGAGUGGUGGGCUGUGUGCAGUUCACCACCGAGUCAGAGUACAUGAGGUGUCACUUUAUGCAGUCCCAGUUCCUCGGUGGAACAAUGAUCAUCAUCAUCGGAGGGAUAAUAGUGGCCUCGGUGCUCAUUUUCAUCAUAAUCCUGAUGAUACGUUACAAGGUUUGUAACCCUGGUGAAGGCGGCAAAGGCAUUUCAAUGUCAAUGACCAAUGUUCACUCACAAACCAAUGGGCAGCAAUCACAGGGAUGCGCCGUGACUCCAAGCUCUUCUAAACAUGGAUCAAUCGGAUUGGACGACCUCUCUGCAGGCUCAACCAAAAGAAGUGGAGUGGCAGCUGCAGGAGGAGGACAUGGGGAAAAGGACACCAUAACUCAGUCAUUUGAGUGCUCCCUACCUGAUUGCUCUACAGCCACAUCGGUUCUCAGCCAGAGCUGGGGUGCCCAAAGUCCAACAGCCGGGGGUGAAGACCAUGAAAAAAUUUGUGAACAAAAACCUCUAACUGGCAUUGAGUCACCUACCACUGCCACCGGUUCCCUGCACAAGUCAAAGCGGAAGCCUGCUCCAAGGAAGCCCAGGUCUGCUUGCUCUAACGCCUCAGCAAUGCCUGAAAACGGCCCCCCUGCCUCUUCUCCUAGGCCACCUUCUUCUACACCCACCUCCUCCACCGCACUGGAGAACCUCAACACUAACCGCAACAACUCCACCAGUCUCAACAAAACCCCACCGCCUCCCUUUGUUCCUUCCACGUACUCCACCUCCCUUCCCACUCCCAGCCCGGUUUCUUCCAUGCGAUUCAGAGAAACACCCAUCCUGCGCCGGGCUCCUCGUGCCAUCUCUUCUUCUGCAAAGUACCAGACUCUUCCCACCGAAGAGGGAGGCAGGAGCAGGGCGAGAAGGAGGUACUCGCUCAGUGAAGAAGGCUCAAAAACUCACUCACCCCUUCAGAGAGCAGGAGGGGCACCAAAGUUGGGGCGCAUAAUGCAGAACAAACGGAGCCAAUCCAUGAGUGGGAUGUUGCUCUCAAAAGAAGAGGACGGAGAUUCAAAGAGAGGGCGGUGUGAGUCUGACUGGAUCUUAGAAAGCACAGUUUGAACUAAAACAAGGCAGCAACCAUCAAAUAAACUUUGGUUUACUCAUAAUUGUUUAACUGUUUGUGUAAGUGUUUGCGGUGCGUUUGGAUUUGGUUUUACUUGUACAGGCCAUGAUAAGAGCCUGUUGGUGUCUGAAUCAGUGUGUGAAUUCUGACUGUUUAGGUCGUUAGUUUUCAUGUUUUAAUUCUCUUUUUAGGUAUGUUUGGGGUGACUGGAAAUGUUUUCUGGAUGAAAGUUUGUGUUUUAUUGUGCAAUCUCUUUGAUUUUUACCUAUUUUUCUUUUUAUUGUUCCUAUUAUCAUGUUUCUCCACAUGUUUUUUUGGCAUUCAGUUUACAUUUUCGUUCUCCACUUCGACAUUAUCCUGUGGUAAAUGGAUAACAUGCCUUGUCUCGUAGCGUUCGAGUUGUCUUACUGGAUCCACUUUAUAGCACAAAAGAAAAAACAAGAUGAUGAGCUUGCCACGUCAUUUUUGAAUUCACAUUCACCUUAUCUGAAAAUACCACAAAAGGGAAUAUAUAAAUGAAGACGAAGAAGAAUCAUACAAGAAGAAAAGCACACCAUUUUUAACAGUCACACACUCGCACAUGAUAUGCAGUCAUUUUGUGGCAAGAGAACAGCAGUCGGUGCCUUCUUUUGCACUAACAGACCCUCCCUAACAGAUACUUUAACUGGAUUUAUGACUUUACCACAGCUCCACAAUCGAGGGCUUACGAAGAAUUGGAUAUAACUAAAGAAGAGACGGAUUUCACACAUAGCCUUUCUUACCUAAUGGGGAGUACAGACAUUUUCUUGACGUAUAAAGAAAAGACGCAACAAACAGAAAAACAGUUUAAUGCAACUCUUAUUAAAUUGUUAUUUUUAAAGGGAAGACAAAAAAGAAAACAUGAUUAUCUUUUGAGCUUUUCACUGACAUUGGUAUACUUAAGCCUAUGUUGGUCACAAGCUCCCAGAAAGCUACUGUACAGAAAAAGACAACAUGUACUGUGUUGUUAUGUUGUGUAAAAUAAAAACAGCUAAAACUAAAUGUAA